CACUGGAUGAGAAAAAAAAAAAAAAAAGUUUGGAGCUCUCACUUUUCUCCAACUACCUCCAUACUUUUUUUUCUACGUGGGGAGGCUUCAGAGUGAAAUCAUCGGAGGCCAGUGUUGAUCUGCGUGUUUUCGCUCGGCUGUGAUUCUUCGGUCGAGUUUCCUGCAGGAUUACACAGGGAGGCAGACGCGGAGGAAAACGGUCUGGCUGCUUGAAGAUCUGCUUCGACACCAGCAAAACUUUUUUUUGGGCGACAUGGACGCGCACCGCGGCGCGCCUCCGGCCGGGCAGCAGAUCGUGCACGUCCGCGGGGACUCGCAGACGGAGCUGGAGGCCUUGUUCAGCGCCGUGAUGAACCCCAGCAAGGCCACACAGCAGCAGGCCUCCCUGCCCAUGAGGAUGAGGAAGCUGCCAGACUCCUUCUUCAGGCAGCCGGACCCCCGGGGCCACUCCAGACAAGCCAGUUCGGAUGGAGGUGUGUGCGGUUCCCUCACUCCUCAUCACGUCCGCGCCCAUUCCUCCCCAGCCUCCCUCCCCGUCAACUCCCUCUCCACUCAAGCAGCGGAUGCAGCAGCGACGCCGAUCAUACCUGACGACGUGCCGCUCCCCCACGGCUGGGAAAUGGCAAAAACGCCCACUGGCCAAAGAUACUUCCUCAAUCACCUGGAUAAGACAACCACUUGGCACGACCCUCGUCUGUCGCAGCUUCAGUCGGCUGCGACCCAGCAUCCUAUCGCCGGCACGCCGGUCCAUGCCCACUCCCUCAGCAACCCAGCACCCGCUACGCAAGCACAAAACAUCAAUCCAGAGACAGGUCCAAUGCCUGAAGGCUGGGAACAGGCUGUGACUGCUGAUGGAGAGGUGUUCUUCAUCGAUCACAUAAAUAAGAACACCGCAUGGGUCGACCCGCGUCUAGCACAAAAGAUGAAUCCUGGCAUCCUUAGCUUGGCACUGCAGCAAAGGCAGGAAAAGGAGAGGCUCAGGUGCAAACAAGGCCUCCCACCGCAAACCACACCACAGGAGGCAGGAGGAAGAAACCAGAUGACCAGUGGGAUGGACCAUGACAGGAACGCUCAGACGCUUGUCCCAUCUCUGGAUAUCAGGAUCAGAGCCCCGAACUACGAACCUACUCUUAACGGCGCUCACUCUCGCAACGAGAGCACUGACAGUGGUCUGAGUGUCAGCAGCUUACCCCGCACAUCGGACCACAUGUUGAGCUCUGUGGAUCACAUGGACACUGGUGACUCUGGCGAGAACUCUUCGAUGUCCCUACAGGAGUCGAUGCCCGUGCUCCCGUUGUCUGAGGGCGAGGAGCUUAUGCCCUGCAUCCCGGAGGGUCUCAGUUCAGACCUUCUGAUGGACAUGGAGACCGUUCUCUCUGGAUCACACAUGGACAGGGACAGCCUGCUCACCUGGCUAUAGACACGCCCAGCCGCCCCCGACGUGUGGUCUGACGUCACAACAUGACUGAGAACUCUGGAGGAUCUUCUUUUUUUUUUCUUGCUUCAGAAGUGGUACAGAACAAGAUUUCUGAGAGAAAACGCUACUGUUGUGUGAUGGACACCUAACCCUACUCACCCAGAGGAAUAUAAAUACCUGACUCUGACAGAAGGUGGUAAGCUGCAGUGUUUUCCUCUUUUUUUGGGGCCUGGUUUUACUGAGUUGCAUGAUGGAGCAUCAGAAUUUUCACAACACUCCUUUUUAUUUUUAGUUAUUGGCCUCAGUUGAUGCUCCCCACAUCUCUCGUGAAGUAGUAGCUAAUUUUGGGGAGCAGAUCUUUUAUAAUCCCCACAUGGGUAAUAGUGUUUCCAGCAAACCUUUAAAGAACAGUGUCAAGUUUUAAGGAAAACUCUGCAUGCAAAAGUUACAGAAAUGCAAAGAAACCAUAUAAAAGAUAUUUAUUUAAGUGUAACAGAAAAAUAGCAUCGCAUUUAACUCCUAGUACAUAGAAGCCUUUGGGAUAAAAGACUAGACAUCUGCAGUAGUGCUACUACCUCUAAGCAGCCUGUGAUCUCUGAUUCCAAUGCACAUGCUCACAGUGGUCAGAAAACAACAGAGUUGCGAGAGACGGAUCAAAGAAACUACACUAUUUAACACUACAUUGGUUCCACAAAACCAUAUAUAUCUGCUCAAAGAGACACACUAUAAUGACACAGAAACAUGAGGAGGAAGAGGACGCACCAUUGUGCUCGCAAUCCAAAAAAGGUAUUAAAUAAAUGACUUAACAUUCUUUAGUUGAGUCAUUUAUAACACAGUGUUGAAGACUUCGGGGCUGCUCACAACCAAGAUUGUAAUAUCCUCCAAUCAUAUCUCUUUCAAAAUAAAGUUCAGGAGAAUAAGCUUUGUCUUUUGUCACAAGAAAAGCCUCUUUCCUAACUAAUCAAAGCACUUAGAGAAGUAGAGGCUGUGUCGAGGAACUCCAUAUUGAAACUAACAUGAAAGUGUGUUUGUAUCUCUUGUGUCUCGUGGUAGACGGUACCACUGGAAUGUAUUGUUGACGUCUCCUGUCAUUGAACACAUGGUCAGUAUAAAGCAAUCCAACACAAUACAGGGUUUCCUCUAGGAAACUGUAAUCCCCACACAUCUGGUCUUGUGAUCAAUUUAGAUGGUAGACGACGACUUCAACAGUAGCCGCACUCAUUAGAAACAAUAUAUAGUCUAUGCUGUUUGAAAUAGAUAUAUUUUACCCUCUGGUUAGUUUUCUUAUAUUCAAGUGUUUGUUUGUUUCUUCUUUAGAAUAAUCGCCUGCAUCUGCGCCAAAACAAUCCCCGUCCUUGAAGUUACUCAUAUCCAGAUUUUGUUAAUGCUGGAUUUUAGUUUGUAUUGGUUUGCAUUUUACUGCUCAGUGUUCUGGUUGUUUUGCCCACUCAAUCAUUGAAUAUAAGCGUCACAAAGGUAGUAUUUAUUGGAGAAUUGUUUUAUCAGGUUGCAUUAUAUUGUACAGUUGUAAUAUUAUUAUGUCCACCCCUUGUUUUAGAAAUGGGGCCAUAUCAUUUUCAUCACGGCCUGGAUGCUUGGUUUUCAUUUUAUUCCCUUUUUUUCACGUUUGAUACAGUCAUACAAAACUUCCUGUCUCCCAGAUGAUGACAUAAAACCAGUCAAAGUAUUGGUUUUUAGUUUUGUGAUGUACAAAUCAUCUGCACUUGAUACCAUUGCGGAUUUUUUGGGGGGCUGAAUGGAGAAAAGAUUUAGAUAUUCAGAUGCAUUUUCUCAAAGGUUUAGGCAUCAUUUGUUUCCCAUAAUUUCCUAAAUUAAUUACCAAACAUUGCUCGAGUAAAGUCAUCAUUAAGAGUGAGCAUCAAGUUUGCAUCUCUUUUUCAGCUGUAGUUAAGCAAUUUGGGUGCAGAUUGAUUUGAAGAGUCUUAAUUGCAUUCCCAAACAAUGAUAAUGUAACUCUGAUAUAAAAAGGGCAGUUUUUAUGCUCACUGUCUUAAUGAAUUGUUUCUUACUCUGAGGACACGGCGAGAUGCAGAUUCAUCUCAAGGUCCAUCAAAAUGUUGACAUGUAAUAAAUAUUUAUUAUUAAUAUUCAUGAGAACUCACCACAAAUGCCACACACACCAAUCAUCCUGCUCUUAAAGAAUCUGUCUUGUCGUAAGUUUCCCCCUUUGAAGAGCAUUGUUUUUAGCGGAAUGACAAAAAAUAUUGUGCCUUAAAAAUGGGCGUCAGGUUCGCAUGAGUCUGCUCCGCCUCCUCAGAAACACAACUUACUAAUUGUGGAUGCUGUGUUUUUGUUAUAUUUUUGCUCUAACGACAAGUGCUAUCUGUAAUACAGAGGGCAAUCAUCAAUAUGGGAGAGCGCUGUAACUCUCCACUUUUAGUUAAACGAUGUAGUUUUGAGUAUAUGGUCUAUAUAAGCACAGACCAUAAUCUGUUUUUUUUCUGCAGUGUGUUUAUAUUUAAUCUAAUUUUGAAGCUGUUUUAUUACUGGUGAGCUCAUUACUUCUAACCAGCUUCCUUUUUAUAUAUAUAUACACACAGUAUAUAGAGGUAAAGAAUGAUAUCACAACAUCCCCAAACAAAGAGCCACGUGAUCUUUUUUGUAAUUUCUUUAUAAAUUAAAGUUCCAUGGGCUCAUACACACAUAAUGCAACACACUACCUAGCCUAUUAUUUAUCUUAGCAUGCAUGACACUAUGACGCUAUGUAUGUUCCAUAUACUGUUCAUUAUGUUAUUUACAGAGAGUUUGGAGGCAAUCACACUGUUUUAUACCUUUUUAUGCAUGUGCUUUAUAUAAAAUACUCUCACUGUAAUCAUUUUAAAGAAGUUUCUGUUUAAUAAACUUUCAAAUACA